UUGAGUUUAUUUCUUAGUAUUAUUUGAUGAAACAGCAAAUAAAGAAGUACAUUAAAACACUAUAAUUUUCAAAUAUCAAUAUGAAAAUUCUUGUACCAAUUGUUUUAGGAAUAGCUGCUUCAGUGUUGAUUACAAUUGCAGCAUGUAUUCCAGGUUGGAUGGUAAAGGAAUACAAAACCUCGGGAUACCAUGUUUAUAUAGGAUUGUUUUAUGGAUUAACCUGUGCAGAUUCUUGUACAGUCAACCAGUUCAGUGAAAUAUACCAUUACAAAAAGGGAAUUGACCUUUUUUGGAUGUUGGAGUUUCAUGUAGAAGUUUUACUAAGUAUAAUUAUAUCAGUUAUAAGCGUGAUAGUACUGGUUCUAGAUGCAAGACACAAUUGGCCACACAAGCGUCUGGUUACUGCGAUAAUCAUGUUUGUGAUAGCAGGUGUUUUAGUAUUGAUUGGCUGUGGUAGAAUUCUGUAUGCAACAAUUUCAUCAAACUAUCGCAUGAAGACAGUGCAACAAAAUUCAGAUUUCUCUUAUUCCUUUUCCUUUUCAUUAGUUCCCGCCAUGUUAGGAGGAAUAUUACUAAUGAUGGCUGCCUUUAUCGUAUGCAUCAUCCGAAGGAAUAACAAGAACGAAGAUGAUCAAGAAAAAGUAGUUUUUAACGACAUUUGGGAGACAAAAGUUGAUUAUGUACCACGAAAAUCACAGGGCAGUUUGUCAUAUGACACAAAAUCCAGACAUGCAGUGUAACAAUUAAAUGUAGCAUUCAUCUUCAAAUGUCUCCUAAAACACAUGGGUUAUUUAAAAUGUGCACCAUAUUUUUCAAGUUAUUGCGAAUCGAAAGAAAAAAUAUUUUUCCAAUCCUUCUGAAUUCCAUUUUUAAGAAGUAAAUCAUAAAAAAACAACGUUGAUGACGUCACUGGCACAUAACAACAUGAUGUUUAUAUGAGCUUAUAUACACAAAACUUUCCGCCAAUCAGUAGACGUGUUACUUCAAACAUUAAAUUAUAAAAACAA